GCUGGCGUCCUUCAUUUGCUUACCCCAGGGAUAGCCAUGCAUGACCAAUCAAGUUCGCGCGGUGGCGUGGACAUCAUGGAUCGCCACCAGCUGCACCGCUACGACGCAGAGAGUCGGCGCACACUACGGAAGGGCAUCUCGCACUUCCUGUCCCCUCAGCUGCAGGUUCUCAUCAAGGAGAAGCCGCGCAUCGCUCUGGCGGAGAAGGCGUACUUCGCGGAGCUGCUGAGCGAGGAACGGUCCGGGAGGCGUAUCGAGGAGCUGUCGAUGGACUUGAUGCGACGAUCAUUCAUGAUUCGGAAGAGGGUUGCUCCAGGCUCCGCGGCCGGCGGUCUGGCGGAAGAGGGGGGGGGAGGGCCGCCGGUGCCGCCAGACAUGCCGGCGGCGCUUCAAACCACGAACAAGCUUUCCCCUGCGUUUGCAAGGAAGGCAAAGCAAGUCGCCAAACAAGCCAUGAAACGGCAAAGACCCUCUAGUGACAACGGAGAGGGGGAGAUGGCCUCCGCAUCAGGGUAUUCCUCAUCGGCUUCCGCAGCAGCGCCGCUGUCCCAAGAAGCCAAGUCUCUCGUGAAGCCACUCAUCUCCAGGCUAGUAGCAAUGAAGUGGCCGUCGGGCUGGGGCAAUCCCUUCACGACGGUUUUCAAGAAGAGCAACGCCCCGCCGCGGUACUUCGAAUUCAUCAAGCGGCCCAUGAAUCUCACUUUCAUCCGAGACAACUUGAACAAGAACAAGUACACCACGGUAGCUGAGGUCGAAGCGGACCUAGAACUCAUCGUCACCAACGCCCUGGCGUUCAACCGGCCUAGCGAUCCGGUCUACCAAUUCGCCUUACAGCUGCAGGAAGCCUUCCGACGUGAGCUGUCGGUUAUUAAGCGGAACCUCGAAGACCUAGCGCAGCAACGGGGCGGGGUUAGUGGGAGCGAGGGGGUGCAAGACAAGAAGCAAAGGGUUCGAUGACAUUUCUGUUGGUGCUGCACAAUGUAGACUGCAGAUGGG